AUGGAAGAAAGAGACAAUGAUGAAGAAGAAAGCAGAAAAGCAGUUGGAAUCAGAGUCCAAACCUGGCGAUUCUUGAGAUUGAACUACUGCAUCUGCGAAGAAGAACGAACCUAUGAUGUAGAUGGUUGGCUUGAUGCAUGGAAGGUGAGUGGCUUCAUGUCCAUGGAACCCAAUGCUCGUGCUGGGCAUCAGCAUAGGAGUUGCCUUCAACGUCAUGUUCGCCGACUGGAUGGUUACAGUUUUACUUAUUAUUCUCUUCUUAGGAAGCAGAAAAGUAGUUGGAAUUGGAGUCCAAACGUGGCGAUGGUUUCAUUGCAAGACGAGCAGGUCAGUUCCAAGUUCUUGGUUAUCUGCAAUUUUGAAGUUGUUUCAGAUUCUGUCUUAUUGAAUUUGUGA